AUGUCUUCGAAUGACCCGCGACUACGAGCCCGGCUAGCGGCGGCGAAUGCAACGCCUCCUCCUCCUCCGCCGCCGCCGCCGUCACCCCCGGCUGGAUCUGCGCGGGGAUCGAAGGUGGCCGAGCAGGGUGAUGGUGGGCCGGGGCCGACGACGACGACUCAGAACGGGAAGGCGGAGGAGGAGCGAGAGGUGCGGCUGACGUGCCGGAACUUCACGUUCUGUGUGGUCUGUGCCAGCAACCAGAAUCGGUCGAUGGAGGGCCAUCAUGUGCUGGCGCGCGAAGCGUUCAAGGUGACCUCGGCGGGCACGGGCUCGAUGGUCCGUCUGCCCGGGCCGGCGAUCGACAAGCCGAACGUGUACUCGUUCGGCACGCCGUACAACGACAUAUACACGGCCAACGGGAUUCUUGCGAUGCUCGACCGGAACCGGAAGCUGAAGGUGGCGCCGGAGCGGUGGCAGGACAGCGCGGUGGGCGGUGCGGAUGUGGUGAUUACCUGUGAGGAGCGCUGCUUCGAUGCGGUCUGCGACGACCUGUUCAGCCGGGGCGGCGAGCUCAACAAGCCCGUCCACCUCAUCAACAUCGAGAUCAAGGACAACCACGAGGAGGCCAGCCUGGCGGGGAAGGCCCUCCUGGAGCUGUGCACGGCCAUCGAGGCCGCCGGCGACCUCGACGCCGAGCUCGCCGCCAUCCUCGAGCGCCAGAUGGACCGCCACCCCCACCAGCUCAUCCACACCGGUCAGUCGCCCAGCCACCCAUCCUUGCGCCGCCCGCUCUGA